UCUCUCUCUCUCCUGUAUUACGCCGGGCGACACAGAAGAAACCGCUGUAUUUUUUCUAAAACUCUUUCUCUCUCCUAACUCUACAUGCACAUUCUCCCUCUCUCUCUCUCUACUGCAACUGCAUUAUUAUUAUUUUUGAUUAAAUAAAACGAGCGCCCCAUCUUCUUUCUCCCUCCCCUCUCCUUUCUUUUUAAGUAGACGUCUCAGACGUUCCUUAAAGAGCUUCUGCUUCCCAUCUUCUUUUCUCUUCUCCUCGGACAACUGUUUACAUUCAAUAGAAUAGAUAGAUCUUUUGAUAAAUAACCUCGUGAUUAUCGUUUCCUACAAGUAUUUCAUAUAUUAGUCUUCUUCCCACAAAUGCAGUUCUCUGAAAGCUUAGUGUAACGCUUGAUCAGGGUCUACCGAAGAACAACAACAAACAAGAGAGAGAAAGCAAAAAAAGUGAACUAGAUGGCUCCGAUGACGAACUGGUUAACGUUUUCUUUGUCACCAAUGGAGAUGUUGAGGUCAUCUGAUCAGUCUCAGUUCGUGUCCUAUGACGCUUCUUCCGCCGCCUCAUCUCCUUACCUCCUCGAUAAUUUCUAUGGUUGGACGAAUCAAAAGCCUCAGGAAGAAGAAGAAGCUCAGAUAACAGCUUCUAUGGCGGAUUCAACAAUCCUAACAUCCUUCGUGGACUCACAGAAUCAUUCUCAGAACCAUAUCCCAAAGCUAGAAGAUUUUCUCGGUGACUUCCGUUACUCCGACAACAGCCAAACAGAGACACAAGACUCUUCUUCCCUCACUCAUAUCUACGAUCCACGUCACCACCAGAACCAAACCGGGUUUUACUCUGAUCAUAGCCACGAUUUCAAAGCCAUGACCGGUUUUCAAACCGCUUUUUCAACGAACUCCGGUUCUGAAGUCGACGACUCGGUUUCAAUGAGCCGGACUCAUCUCGCAGGAGAGUAUUUGGGACACGUGGUGGAGUCUUCUGGUCAGGAGCUUGGUUUUAUUCACGGUGGAGCUAACACAGGAGGAGCUUUGUCACUUGGGGUUAACACUAACAACACUAAUAAUCAGAUUUCUGAGUAUAACUACCGUGCUAAUAACAAUGGUGAGAGAAUCAUCAACAAUAACAACAGAGAGAAGACAGAUUCUGAGAAGGAGAAGCCUGUUGUGGCAGUGGAAAGAUCAGAUUCUUCUAACAAGAAGGUCGCUGAUACGUUUGGACAAAGGACUUCCAUUUACCGAGGAGUUACAAGACAUAGAUGGACGGGAAGGUAUGAAGCUCAUCUAUGGGAUAAUAGCUGUAGGCGAGAAGGUCAGGCCAGGAAAGGACGUCAAGUAUACUUGGGUGGAUAUGACAAAGAAGAUAAGGCAGCACGAGCUUACGAUCUAGCAGCUCUGAAGUACUGGAAUACUGCUGCUACCACCAAUUUUCCUAUUACGAACUACUCAAAAGAAUUAGAGGAAAUGAAGCACAUGACCAAACAAGAGUUCAUUGCUUCCCUUAGGAGGAAGAGUAGUGGAUUCUCUAGAGGAGCUUCCAUGUACCGAGGUGUAACAAGACAUCAUCAACAAGGACGUUGGCAAGCUAGGAUAGGCCGUGUUGCCGGCAACAAAGAUCUUUACCUCGGAACCUUUGCAACGGAAGAGGAAGCAGCUGAGGCAUACGACAUAGCAGCGAUCAAAUUCAGAGGAAUAAACGCUGUAACCAACUUUGAGAUGAACCGUUACGACGUUGAAGCCAUCAUGAAGAGUGCACUUCCUAUCGGUGGUGCAGCAAAACGUCUCAAGCUCUCUUUAGAAUCUGAGCAGAAACCUAUCAUCGGUCAUCAUCAACUCCACCAUUUUCAGCAACAACAUCAACAGCUUCAGUCCUCUCCCAAUGACAGUAGCAUUAACUUCGCUCUUUGUCCUAGCUCAGACGUUCAGCCUCAGAUGAUUCCAUGUGGAAUCCCUUUUGAAGCAGCUUCUCUUUACCAUCACCAACAGCAACAACAGCAACAGAACUUUUUCCAGCGUUUUCAGUCGAAUGCAGCUUCUGAUUCGACGGACUCUAAUAAUAACUCCAACGUUCAAAGCUCCAUGGGACUAAUGGCGCCAAAUGCAGCAGCUGAGUUCUUCCUCUGGCCUAAUCAGUCUUACUAGAAUCGACAUGUGAUUUGGAGUCUGUUUUUGUUUGGUUAAGUUCUUAAUAGUCUUUUAAGGGAUACAACUUCCUGAUUAUGGCUAACCUAUAAGCUGAUUAGAAGAAUAUGAAAAUCUCACUUGCGUCUAUUUU